AUGGCUAUCAAUAAAACAAAGAUUGCCUUAAUUAAAAUAUCAGUUCUGCUUUUUUUAGUUUCCACCCUUCAAAUUUUGCAAGCAACUGGUACGUUUGAUGUUACAAAAUAUGGAGCCAAAGCUAAUGGGGAAGAAGAUAUAAGCAAGGCUUUAUUAUGUGCCUGGGAAGCUGCAUGUAAUUCUGUGGGUGUAAGCACAGUUUUGAUCCCAAAAGGCAAAUAUGCAUUACGGCAGGUGGAUAUCUCCGGUCCUUGUAAGGGCUCAAUGGUGCUUCGUGUCGAAGGAACAGUAGAGGCGCCGGUCGAUCCUAAUGAACUCAAUGGAGAUUUUUGGAUUGCUUUUAGUCACAUUGAUCAUUUUACGGUCACCGGCGGUGGCACUUUUGACGGACAAGGAGAAAUGACAUGGAAGAAGUAUAAUUGUAUGGAGAAAAAAGGUUGCAAGGCCCUUCCUAUUAGUUUGAGGUUCAAUUUCAUCGAUAAUGCUAUAGUGGAAGACAUAACUUCUUUGGAUAGCAAGAAUUUUCACGUCAAUGUCAUGGGUUGUAAAAACAUUACCUUCCAACGAUUUUCAGUCGUUGCACCGGGGCAUAGUCUAAAUACAGACGGAAUUCAUAUCGGACGUUGUAACGGAGUCAAGAUUCUUGACAGCAACAUAGGUACCGGUGACGAUUGUAUCUCCAUCGGCGAUGCUAGCCAACAAAUAACAGUGAAAGGAGUGACAUGUGGACCUGGACAUGGCAUCAGCAUCGGAAGUCUAGGAAAAUAUCCAAAUGAAGGACCUGUGUCGGCUGUUUUUAUUUCAAACUGCACCCUUUCUAAUACUGAUAAUGGUCUUAGGAUCAAAUCUUGGCCAGCUUUGCAUAAUGGUUUGGCUUCUAAUUUGCGGUUUGAAGAUAUUAUCAUGAGUAAUGUCUCCAAUCCUAUUCUCAUUGAUCAAAUGUACUGCCCAUGGAACCGGUGCGAUAAAAAUGGUCAAUCAAAGGUUAAGAUCAGUGACGUGAGCUUUAAAAAUAUAAGAGGAACUUCUACAACACCUGUUGCAGUUCAAUUAAUUUGUAGUAAAGGCAUUCCUUGUGAAAAUGUGAAACUUGGUAACAUUGAUCUUCAAUUGCUCGGCGGUGGUACCACAAAAUCUCAAUGUUCAAAUGUCAAGCCUAUAAUUACCGGAGCAGUUCCUGCUGGUUGUUAA